AAUCUCUACCCUUUAAGCAACCUUUGUUCCAAGCAAUUCUCUCUCUCUCUCCCUCUCUCUCUCUCACAAACUAAAACCCAAUUCCUCUUCUACCAUUUUCAUGUUAAGCCUACAUUUGAGCAUCAGCAACAAUGGCAGUGACACAUGCUGAUCUAGCACCGGGCCGUCGAAGUACGGAACUUGGCAGCAAGACAGGUGCCUUCGUCAUAGUCUUGUCGAUCCUCUUCGGCCUCUCCUGUUUCAUCUUCUGUCUCAUUGCCGAAGCCACACGCUCUGAGGUGGCAUGGGAAGGAAAGGGGCAUGAAUGCACAUACAGCGGUAGCGGGAAGACGCCAUUGCUGUGCGCGGCGGGGGCAUUUUUGGGAUUAGCCAUUGGCAUGGUAGUGGCUCAUGCUUACAUGAUGGUGGCUGUGAGUCAAUCACCACCACCGGCUUUGGUGACUUGGGACCCUGACUCUGGCCCUGGCAAGUCUCUCACUUGGCAAGCUGGUUUUUUCUUCAUUACAACUUGGAUAUUUUUUGCUGUUGGAGAGAUAAUGCUGUUGAUAGGUCUUAGCGUGGAAUCAGGUCACCUGAAAGAUUGGUCAACACCGCGAACCGGUUGCCUGACCGUCAUGGAAGGCCUGUUCUCCACCGCUGGAGUGUUUGGGCUCAUCACCGUCUUCCUCUUUGCCGGUUUAUACAUAACAGCUUUGCGCGCGCAAUGGUUGUUGGAAAAGCAAGAAACUGUCCGGCGAGAGGUGCUGGAGGCCGCCGUCCUCCACUCGUCUCCGCCAAGAUCGCCUCCGCCGCCACGUCGAAUCACGGCGGUUCCCACUGAGAACCCAAUAAUUGUCAGAGAAACCCAGAAUCAGCAGACAUUGUCUGAGUACUUAUCGGUUUUCAACAAGCACUCCAGUUUAGUUUAAGGCAAGGCAAGGCAAGGCUGGAUAGGGAGUGAAUCUAUGCAGGGCAACAAGUUAGGUGCCUGUUUGGAGGAGAUGAUUACAUGUUCAAAAUGGAUACAAGUAUUAGUUUUGUAAAUAGAUAUUGGGCAAGAAAUUACAAAAUUCAUGUAGCCUUUGUUUGAAUAAAAAAUUUGUCACAUAAAAUUUUUAGGAAAAA